AUGAAGAAUCUGAAACUUUCCCAGUCCCUAGUUAAUAAAUUAAUCUCUAAGGCUGAUGUUAAGUGUACCAAGAGUGCGGAGAAAUUAUUAUCUAAAUCGAUUGUGAUUUCUGUGGCAUUUUUAUCCAUGUGCAUUGACGAGUUAUCCGAUGAAAACUGCAAGGAAGAAGAUGUUCUUCAGGAAGUUUUGGUAGCUCUUGGAGUUCCAGUAACCCAUAAUGAUGUUCCCAGCUUGAGCCAAAAAUACUAA